AAGUUGGAGAAGUCGUUGCAGCAGGCAACGUCUCUGCACCAACUAGUGAGACUAUUAAGGCAAAUUGACUCGAAACAGCAGCAACUAGACUACAUUCUUCACAGAUUCACAAACAAACAGUAUGUGGCCCACGGCUCGUCAAUUCGCGCGUUGGAAAUCAGCAGAGUGGAGCUCUCGACCACGCUAAGCCAUUCUCGGUCGCUCAAGAAAAUUAUGGAAAACGCGUCGGCGCUGAGCUCGAAAAUCACCGAGAGAGUGAGACUGCUCGACUCGGAAAAAUCAAAAAUUAAGGCUACCAAGGAUUACGUGGAAAACGUGCGAACACUGAAGUACGAGGUUCAAAAGGCCGACGUAGCAAUCAAACAGCAGGACUGGCUGGCAGCAGCCUCAUCGAUCAACGCCGUCCGUAACCUCCCUCCUGGGCUGAUUGACGACGAGUUUGUGGAAUUUAUUGUCCCCACUAGCGACCUGCCAGAGAUGCCGAGCGUCCUGCUCGAUUCUUGGAUUUCGGAGCUAAACGACAUAUUUUUGAGCGAGUUUAACGAGGCUGCUGCCAAGAAGGACGUGCAAAGACUCACCUAUUUCUUUCAACUGUUCCCCCUCAUCGGCAAGAGCGACGUCGGGCUCAGCUGCUACUCGAGAUUCAUUUGCAAUAUUAUAAGCGACCAAUCAAGGACCAACUUGAGAAGCGUGCAAGGAAAGGACGUGCAUUCGAGCUUCUAUGCGCAGGUGUUGUUCCAGCUGUACCAAACCAUUGCCGAUAUCGUUCACCAGCAUUCGCGCAUCAUCACCAAAUAUUACGGAAAAAACGUGCUUCCAAAAGUUCUGAGCGCAAUACAGACCGAAUGCGAUCUUCAGAGCGGCCUGAUUUUUGACACCUUCUGGGACGCAAAUAACCUAGAUCGAGCGAUCAGCGAUAUCACUAACUACGGGUAUCCGAUUCUUGUCGGGUCGAUUCUGAGUAAUGUUCAGACAGACGAGGAGCUACAGGACGACAAUGUGGUCAUUUCUCUUUCUGAGGUAUCAAAUCUGAUCGACGAGCUUUCUGCAAUGCUGAACCAUUGGGCUAUGUACUGCAAGUUUUUCGUCGUCUCCUGGAACGACGCCAGCGACACAGCUAACCACGCGAACGCUGUUUAUCCGCAACCUUUGCUGUUGAGUACGUUUAUGGAAAAAAUUCACAAAAAAAUCACCAGGAGCUUUGACCAGCUCUGCACAUUUGCCAUCAGAAGAACUAUAGAAAAGGCGUUUCUUCUAGAAAACCUCCCCGACAUUACUCCACAGCUUCAGCUCUGUGUGAGGUACUUAGCAUCAGCCACAAAGGCCAACGCAUCCACCAAUCAGUCGCUACUCUCCCUCACUCCAGAGGACCCGCCAGUGACAUCGAUGGUCGAAGAUAUCACCAUCUCGUUGAACCUGAUCAUGCUGCAGACUAUCACCACAGGCGAAUUUUUCACGAUUAAAAACAUGAUGUCCAACACGAGGAGAAUUCUCGAGAACGACUUCCUUAAUAUCAUGAAGAGGAAACUUACCGAUUCGCAGCCGAGAGCAAACUCGUCCCUGCAUACCAAUAGCCGGACAAAUCUGCCUAUCAACCAAAAGGGGGGAUCUUCGAAUCUCAUGACUCCAAGAAGCGGCACUCCGCCAAUCGGAGGGAAGGACAUUAAUUCUGGAAACCUGUUCAUGAAAAGUGCUACUUCCGCAUUGAACGCAGCCAUCAAUUUGAGCGGCGUUGAAACAGAGACUUCGGACAAGUUGCAGCAAUUUGUCAUUGUGCUCAACUCGAUCAGCGUUUUUCAACAAUAUUUGGACAAAUUGUCCAACAAUUUGGUGACAAAGCUCGAGAAUGACAAUCUCUUGAUCGUGGACGACCAGGAGUUCAUUAGGGACAGGCUGAAAUCGGUGGUGAUGACGUUGAGCACAUCCUUCAUUGAAAAAUCAGACGUUGUGCUCAAAGAGAACAUAAAGACAAUUUUCAACCAGAAUUUCCGGGCCAAGCUGAGCAGAAUGGUCAACGAUGUGCUGAAAGAGACCGACUAUCUGAUCUCCUCCGAUAUUCUGGCUCUGAGCUCUACUUCGGAGGUCAUGCUCAACUUCAUCAAGGAAUGGAACUCGUUGAUCAUUCCGUAUCUCACCAUAUUCACCAGAGCGAACUUCCAGGCCUUGAUACAACUGGUGGUGUCGAAUUUGGCAUCGGCAAUGGAAAAUAAAAUCUGGGCCAUGGAGAGAAAAUGCAACGAAUUGGGAGCAGCAAAGCUGGAAAAAGACGUGUCAACCAUUAUCAGCGAGGUCACAAAAUACGACUACAGUCUACGGGACAAUUUCAUCCGGAUCACCCAGAUAGUCAUGAUGCUGGGGCUGGACGAUGACGACGAGGUGGAGGAGCUCAAUGAUCUCGAAUGGGCCCUGACUCCCGCAGAGCGGAGCAGGGCAAGAAAUUUAAGAAUCGAUAGA